AUGGCCGUCACCCAGGCGGACCCCCUCGCCAAGGGCACUUUUGCCACGGCCAAGCAGUCCCUUCGCGAUCUCACAGUCUGGCGCCAACGCGUCGUCGUCACGACCCCCGAGGGCGAAACACACACAGAGUGGCACGACCCCGACCCCAUUCAGAACCCUUUCUCCCUCCUCGCCCAGCUGUCUGCUCGUGACUGGCUCUUCUUCAUCGUUGGCUUCCUCGCGUGGACAGCUGACGCGUUUGAUUUCCACGCCCUCUCCAUCCAGACCAAGAAACUGGCCGACUACUAUGACCGCUCCAAGACGGAUAUCACCACAGCCAUCACUCUGACCCUGCUUCUCCGAUCAGUCGGCGCUGCCGCCUUUGGUUUGGCAGGUGAUGCUUGGGGCCGCAAGUGGCCCAUGGUCGCCAACAUGAUCAUCCUCGGCCUGCUGCAGAUUGCCACCAUUUACAGCACCACCUUCCAGCAGUUCCUCGCCGUCAGGUCUCUGUUCGGCCUCUUCAUGGGAGGUGUCUACGGAAACGCCAUCGCCAUGGCGCUGGAGCACUGCCCAACGAACGCUCGCGGUCUCAUGUCCGGCAUUCUACAGCAGGGUUACUCCUUUGGCUACGUGCUCGCCGCCUGUGCCAACCUAGGCGUCGGUGGUGAGACAGACACCUGGAAGACGGUCUUCUGGAUUGCUGCCGGCUUCUCCAUCGCCGUCGGUCUCGUCCGCGUCGCCUUCCCCGAGUCUCAACAGUUCCUCGAAGCCAAGGCCCGCGGUGCCAAGUCGCACACGUCGGCCGGCGACUUCUGGCGGGCCACGCGGGCCAUGAUCCGCGCCGAGUGGCGCAUGUGCAUCUACUGCAUCAUCCUCAUGACGUGGUUCAACUACUACUCGCACACGUCGCAAGACUCGUACACGACCUUCAUGCUCACGCAGAAGCAGCUCGACAACGCUGCCGCCUCGCGCGCCUCUAUCCUUAUGAAGACGGGCGCCUGCGUGGGCGGCACCAUCAUCGGCUACCUGUCGCAGUUCUUUGGUCGCCGCCGCGCCAUCAUUGCCUCGGCCCUCAUCUCGGCCUGCCUCAUCCCCGCCUGGAUCCUGCCCCACGGCGAGCGUAGCCUCAGCGCCAGCGGCUUCUUCAUGCAGUUCUUCGUCCAGGGCGCCUGGGGCGUCAUCCCCAUUCAUCUCAACGAGCUUUCGCCGCCCGCCUUCCGCUCGUCGUUCCCCGGUAUCUGCUACCAGCUCGGCAACGCCAUCUCGUCGCCCUCGGCCCAGAUUGUCAACGCCAUUGCCGAGAACACGCUCAUCACCAUCCAGGGCAAGAACGGCCCCACAAAGGUUGAGGCGUUUGGCCCGACCAUGGGUAUCGCCACCGCCAUCAUUGCCAUGGGCAUCGUCUGCACGACCAUGCUGGGUCCUGAGAAGAGGGGUCGCUCGUUCGAAAAUGCUGUGGCUGGCGUGCAGACGGACGACCACCUCGAGCAGAAAGUCGCUGACAUCGAGAAGGACGAGGAGGCUGGCGUUGAGUCGAAGGAGGAGUCGCGGGUUGAGACGGCGCGGUAG